UACCUAACACAGGAGAGGCCCCACUCCGGUAUAGAAGGAUAUUAGCAAGCAGGCAGGGUCAAGCGGGCAGGCGUCAAAAGAACGUCACUUCCGGGUCCGGUCAGGGCCUAGUCAACACAGAACGCUGCUCUAGGAAGGGGAAGAUUAACCUAGCUUUCUACAGAAAAGAGAAGACAUCCAACACCAGAAGUGUGAGCCCCAGCAAAUCCACUGAAAGCAAGAGUUUUUGAAUAGGAUGAUGGCUGUAGAGCUAAUGGUGGCUGCAGAUCUGAAUCCCCAGAUCCAGGCUUUAUGGGAAAAAGAAGGGCCUCUAGAAGAAAACUCAAGAGAGAAUUCAAUCCAGAAUCAGGAAUUUGUCCUACAGAGUGAUGAACUUGCUCCUGAGACCUGGCGAAAGCGUUUUAGGAGUUUCCAGUACCAGAUAUCAGCUGGUCCCCAGGAGACCCUUAAUCAGCUUAGGGAACUUUGCCAUCAAUGGUUGCAGCCAGAGAUUCACACAAAGGAACAAAUCUUAGAACUAUUGCUUCUGGAGCAGUUCAUGAAUAUUUUGCCUGAGGAGACAAAGACCAGGGUUCAAGAGCAUUCCCCAAGGAGCAUCAGGGAGGCAAUGACAUUGGUAGAUUUGCCAUGCACACUAAUAAGACAGAGAAAAAAAGACAGAAAGAAGAUUCCUGACUUGGAUAACAAGGUUACAGUCCAUGAGCAGGGACAACAAGUACUUUCGAAGGCAGCACCCUUGGAAGGAUCAUCGGAAGCACUAAGCUUCCAUCUGGAGCCAGCAGAGCCCCAGCCUAUGGGGGUGUUCCAAGAAGAGGAAUUAUGGAGUACCCACUCAAGACUACAGGAACCACUGAGCUGUGACCCUGAAAAUGAGCUCCAGCCUGUGCAGAAGAGGGCUCUACCUGCUCACCAGGUUCUUGUCCUUCCUGAGGAGAGAGCUAUCAGAGAGUGGGAGGUGACAUCUGUACUUUUCACACCUGAGUCCCAGAGUCCUGUGACAUUUGAGGAUGUGGCCAUGUAUUUCUCUCAGGAAGAAUGGGAGAUAUUGGGCCCCAUUCAGAAGGACCUCUACAAGGAUGUCAUGCAAGAAACUUAUGGGAACAUGAUUUCAGUAGCAUUGUUUAUGAUUCCCAAACCUGAACUGAUAUCCUGUUUGGAGCAAGAGAAAGAGCCAUGUGUCACAAAUUCUAAGGAAUCCAAAGAGAUCCCCAAAGAUUCUAAUACAGAAAUGACUGAUUCUUCUAUUUGUCCUAAUGGGAUUAAUGCCACAAUUGAGAAUGAAAAGCCUGAGGAAGUAUAUCAUAUUCCCUUAGAAAUACAAGCAUCAGAUGAUACUUUAUCUGAAAAGACUGAUGGGGAAGUUUUCAAGAGAACAGAAUUGAAAGAAGUUCAUGAGAACAAGUGUAGGGAAGAAAAGCCACAGCACAAUUUCCCUGUAGGAAAAUGGAAGAAAUACUCUCCCUGGAAAAAAAGUCUACGGAAACUAAUGGAGACCCACAAGAAAGCCUAUACAGGAGAAAAACCUUUUAAAUGUCAUAUAUGUGGGAAAAGCUUCAAAGUUAGUUCUGACCUUAUCAAGCACCAGAGAGUCCACACUGAAGAACGACCCUAUAGAUGUCAAGAAUGUGAUAAAAGGUUCCGAUGGAGUUCAGAUCUUAAUAAACACUUGAUGACACAUCGAGGAAUUAAGCCACAUAGAUGCUCCUGGUGUGGGAAAAGCUUCAGUCAAAAUACAAACCUUCUUACACACCAAAGAACACACACAGGAGAGAAACCCUUUAAGUGUCAUGAAUGUGGAAAAAGAUUCAGUCAGAACUCUCAUCUCAUUAAGCACCAAAGAACCCACACAGGUGAACAACCUUAUACAUGUAGCAUGUGUGGGAGAAACUUCAGUAGGCGCUCAAGCCUUUUAAGACAUCAGAAACUCCACAGAGAAAAGGAAACAGUGAGUGUCCUCAUUCUGAAGGAAAGCUCAAAGUGGAGCUGAAAUCUUAAAAGAUAAAAUUUAUAUGAAUUUUUCAAUAUUUGAAAAAUGUUAAAAACCCCACUCUUCUUUAAAGAGAAUUUAAAUAGACUAUGCAGGAGGGAGUGGCAAUAUUUCUAGUAUUUAAUGAUUUGUUGCUUAACAAAAAAUUUCUUUUUAGCACAGCUAUACUUAGAUUUUAUCUUGACAAAAAAAAAAAGUAUAUCUUACCAAAAACCUACUCUUCAAAGAGUAGAUGCUGUAUAAAGCCAAAGAAUACUCUUCAUGUACAUGAAAUAUGGAAAGGAAUAUUCAUCAUGAAUCAAACUUUUCUGACCCUCUCAAGAACACAAAUUAAAAUUACUAUCAGAAAUGAUAUUUCCUAAAACAAAGGGCACACACAGAAAAUGAGAAUCGUUAGCUUCGCUGUUGCAAGUAUACCAGUUUCAAUAUUCCUAUUCCAAAUUCUGUGCUGCAGAGAUAUCCUAAAUUAUGAUGUUUCCAAGCAUUUCAGCUAGUUUGUUGUUUUUUUUUUGGGGGGGGGGCGUCUCUUGCUUAUAAACCACAAGAUUGACUACUCCUAACUUCUUGCCUUAAAUUUCAUACCUUUUAUGGUCAAACCCUGUUGCUCAAUUCAUUUUUUUGCUGUGCUAACCCCAUGCUUAUUUAGUCUGCAGAAAAAGCUAUGGAGUAAAAAGAACGUCAGCUCUCAAAUCUCUUGACAGAUGUUUUAUGGAAGACGAUGGACAGCAAGCUAUUCUCCAUCUUUUAUAAAACAAAAUUGGGUUAGAAUUUACAUCAGGAAGGAGAUUUGGGAUUAGAUGUAAGGAGUCAUUUUCCAGUACAUAUAUAUCACCAGGUUUUGGAGGGAGUUAACUAGGAAAGUUAUAUUAUAGAAUUUCCUUACCUGGAAAAAUGAAAAAGAGUAUAGAGCAGCCUUGCAAUAGAGCAUCUGCCUAAGGGCCAAAAGAAAAGGGAUCGGCUCCAUAUUUGUCACCUUUUAGUUAAGAUUCCAUGGAAAACUGGAAACUUAUUUAUUACAUGCAAGACCUUGUCUUCUCUUAGCUUCGUGAUGUGGAAAGCACUUAAAAGAUUUGGGUAUGAAGGGGAUAGUUUGUCAACUGGUAUUGUUAAAUGUUGGUAAUAUUGGGAAAACAACAUGUUCUCUGUCUUCCAUUUAUAAACUUUUAAUACAUAGGAACUGUAUUUUUUGGUACAUGACACACAAAUGUACACAUAAUAAAAGCUGAUAACUUCAA